CAUUAAUUAAAAGUUGGUAAAUCUCUUCUUCUUCUUUCUUGAGAUAUGCAAGCAAGGAAGCAAGCAUUAGAAAGUGAGAGGUCUGAGUAACUUAUAUACAGUCUCUGAAUAAGUCAUUCUUCAUCGAAGCUGUUACGCAUUCAUCAUCUUCUACUCCUUUAGGGAGACUAAAGUCAAUCAAAGGUCUCCUGCGUUUCUUCCUUCGCUAAUGCUAAACUAGAUUCGCGCUAUUGAUUCGAAUGUUCUCAGGCUUCUCCAUAUCGAGAUUUAGAUUCAGUGGAACCACUCUCCCAUCUUGUUGCGUGCGGGGAUACAUUCAAUGUAUUGAACUCAGUAUCGUGACUAUCGAACAGCUGUAUUGAAUUUGUUUGAUCUUGGUGUUGUAACUACCGAAUCUACGGGUGGUUUAUUAAUUAGCCUUUGCUUUUGAGAGAGGAAGAUGGCAAAGAUGAUAAACAAGACGCUUGUACUAACCUAUAUCUACUUACUCAUCUACGUUCUUCUCUCUUCUGGUGUUAUUCUCUACAACAAGUGGGUUCUAUCUCCCAAAUACUUCAACUUUCCGCUUCCUAUUACAUUGACUAUGAUCCACAUGGGAUUCUCUGGAUUUGUCGCCUUCCUUCUCAUUCGUGUUUUCAAGGUUGUCUCUCCUGUUAAAAUGACACUCGAAAUAUACGUGACCUGUGUGGUGCCUAUUAGCGCAUUCUUUGCAUCCAGCCUCUGGUUUGGAAACACUGCAUAUUUGCACAUUUCAGUUGCCUUCAUACAGAUGCUCAAAGCACUAAUGCCGGUAGCAACGUUUAUCAUGGCCAUUGUUUGUGGCACUGACAACGCAAGGUGCGACGUCUUCAUGAACAUGCUGCUGGUCAGUGUUGGAGUUGUGAUAUCCUCCUAUGGAGAAAUUAAUUUCAACAUCAUUGGGACGGUCUACCAGGUCAUGGGGAUAUUUGCUGAAGCACUUAGACUGGUGCUAACUCAAGUUCUUCUUCAGAAAAAGGGCUUGACAUUAAACCCCGUCACAAGCUUAUACUAUAUAGCUCCGUGCAGCUUUGUCUUCCUGUCCUUGCCUUGGUAUGUAUUGGAGAAACCGAACAUAGAAGUCUCGCAGAUCCAAUUCAACUUCUGGAUAUUUUUCUCAAACGCUCUCUGCGCACUUGCCUUGAACUUCUCCAUAUUCUUAGUAAUCGGAAGAACAGGAGCAGUGACCAUGAGGGUUGCUGGCGUUCUCAAAGACUGGAUCCUCAUAGCUCUCUCCACUGUCAUAUUUCCUGAGUCCACAAUCACCGGUCUGAACAUUAUUGGAUACGCAAUAGCACUAUGUGGGGUUGUAAUGUACAAUUACAUUAAAAUCAAGGAUGUGAAAGCGACUCAACCAAUCCCUGAUAGCCUCCCAGAUCGAAUCACAAAGGACUGGAAGGAGAAGAGGUCGUCGGAUGGUGAGAGCCCCAGAGGAGGAGUAGAGCUCAAUGAUGAGGAAGCUCCCUUGAUAACGUCGUCACGGUUGUCACAUAUCGGGCGGACACAGCUUGGAAGCCACACAGCCGUCUGAUCAAACGUACAGAUGAGACUGAGAUAGACCCAUAUGUUGUCUCACUUCUCAGGUGAAAAUGUCUUUUAAUCUUGGAACUCAAAAACAUUUUCCAAAUAGAAUUUUACCUCCGGAUUAUUAUUACUUAACAUUGUUAAAGAAACGCAAUUGGCAAAAUUAUUUUUAUGGUG